UCAAUUCGCAGACUUUAUUAAGCUGCUGCCACAGAACAGUACCGACUUCACAGAAAAUCCAUGUCAAAGCACAUAUCUCCAUUUACAAUUUAAUAUAUACAUAUAUAUAUUUAUUUAUUUAUAUAUAUUAUGUGGUAAAGAAAUGUUAUCGGUAAUAUAUGUGUUUCUGAGCGCAGUGUCAGUGUUUGCGAUGGACAUGAAUUGGGGAACGAGUACUCGCAGUGGUGUGAUGGAUUGCCAGAAUUCUUGUCAGAAUGAUAAUAAGAACGAGAGGAUAACAGAUCCCAGUUGUCGGUGUGAUGCCGAGUGCGCUCAUUAUGGCGACUGUUGUCACGACGCCGUCCGCUACAACAGCCAGGGGCCAGAGAGGUACAGGUGUGUGAGUGUGGGUUAUCGCAGCGUUUACAUGAAGGACACGUGCAUGUCAGGGUGGCAGGACGAGGAGGUAGCCCAGCUGUGCCUGGCUGGCUCCCCGGCAGAUAUCUCCAGCAGCAGGGACCCGCUGGCCCACCUCCCCGCCACCAGCAACACCACCUCCGUCACCUACACCAACUACUACUGCGCCAUCUGCAACAACGACUCCCAUCACCUCACACUCUGGAAGAUGCGGUUGCAGUGUCCCUCCUUGCACGUUGAUGACAAGGAAAACCCUUUAAUUCAUUUAAAAAUGAUUAACAAUUCGUGGGGAGUAUACUCUGAAGAUAAUAGUGUUUACCAUGAGUGUAACAUUGAAAGUGAGGCCCCGGCGGGUGUGAGGAACAGAGUGUGCAAGGCGGCGAUGGACGAGUGUAGUGUAGGCUGGGCUCAUCAACACACACGGCGCUUGUGUCACUCUUACACUGACCCGGUGAGCGACUAUAAGAUAACCUACAAAAAUUUCCACUGUGCAUUGUGUAACAACGUACAACCAAACCGUCUCAGAUGCUAUGCCUAUAGUACAAAAACUACCACUACUGCUCCUUUCACGACUCCCAAGGUCAAAUUCCCAAACCUAAGGACUGAAUGGAAAUUUAGAAGCUCACCUCCGACCCCGCCACAGUUUCAGCCUCCAAUAUUAUCAUUCACUGUACUCAUAGAUUUUACAGACAGCAGUGGAAGUAAUGAGGUUGGCUUUAUUUCAAACUGUGGACCAGAUGAAAUUUGGGAUAUAUUUUUUAGAAAAUGUCGAAACGUUGUGUGUGGACAUAAAGAGGAGAAACACGUAUCUGUUGACUGCAGCGACACCUCACAGCUAUCAUCUUACCAUCUCACUGAGAUGCCCACGACGAUAUCCAGUAACACUACUAUCAUUGAAAGCACAUACAAUAUAUCCUUCUUGCACUCGCAGCUUAAUGAAAGUAAAGUGAAGUGGACCAAUAUUGACCUGGUAGGGAAAUACAUUGCAAACGUGUCUUUAUCCACGAUUGAUAAAAACAAUACUUGCUUAAAAAUCACUCUCCUCCAGCAUGAAUAUACCAUAGGUGACAAUGGCAUUUUAAUUGUCGAGAAAUAUGGUCGGUUGUAUGACAGAGAGGAGUACGAGGUGGCUGAGGGCGGCGUCCUGGUGUGCUCGCCACAGACACCCACAGAAAAGUUCUCCCCGGUGAUGGGUUGGGUCUCACUGGCGGGUCUCGGGUUGUCCUGCCUUUGUCUCCUGCUCCAUCUGGCUGCCUUCUUCUUGGUGCCUCGUCUUAGGAACCUCCCGGGCAAGUCCUUGGCGUCCCUCUGCCUGUCUCUACUCACCGCCUACACCAUCUUCAUCUUCAGCACCUUCCUCAAGCCUAGAACGAUAGGAUGUUACAUUUCGGCAGUCUUCAUGUAUUACUCCUUCCUCGCCUCCUUCUGCUGGAUGAAUAUCAUGGCCUUUGACGUGUGGCUGACAUUUCAACAAGCUAAAGAUGAGCUGCGAGUGUCAUCUGGGAGACAGCGAAGCAAGUUCUUAUUCUACUGUGUGUACGGCUGGCUGCUUCCCGCCCUCGCUGUGGUCGUCACAGUAACCCUUGAUAAGACCGCCCCUGGAGGUCUUCCCUCAGAGUUCCAGCCCAACUUUGGUCAACGUUGGUGCUGGUUCGGGCAACGCAAGGCCUUAAUGGUAUUCUUUGCAGCUCCAUUAUUCGUAGUUAUGGCUCUCAAUGUUGUGUUUUUCCUUAUUACUUCAUACACCAUCGGUGCCAGCAGAGAGCCGACGCUACGGAAGAGUCCGUGUUCACAAAACAAGAAACAGUUUCUGCUGUAUGUGCGACUGGCCGUGUUGAUGGGCCUCUCCUGGAUCAGUGGCAUCGUGGCUGGCUACCUGCAGCUGGAGGCCGUCUGGUACGUCUUCGUGGUCCUCAACACUCUGCAGGGAGUCUUCAUCUUCUUGACCUUCACCUGCAGGAGCAAAGUGUGGCGGGCGGCUCAGAAGCUCUGGCAAAAUUGUCUCCUGGAAGCUAAAUUUUUUCCUAGUUCAAGCUUGCAGCAAAAAGAGAGAUCCAACAGCUCUCAGAUCUCAAUAAAGACGGAAUCGAGCAAUCUGUAAACGUAUUGGUGUGUCUUGUGGUUCAAUAAGAAUGCUGGCAGGCUGCACAUCUUUACGGAACUAGCAUAAUGAUUGGUCUGUUUGUAACAUCUGCUGAUGUAGACUUGACUAAAUGUAAACUCUGUCAGCAGAACGAUCCACAUAUUUUGCGUCAUUAUAUAAUUAAAUGUGAAGAAAUUACGGAAUUCAGAGAUAACACUAUCAAUGGAUUCCCAAAAAUGUGUAAAUACUUAAUUUAUAAUGAUGUACUGGCAGAAAUCUUAGAGAAGUUGACCACAUUUGCUUACUGUAGGUACAGCCGGCACAUGACUGUAAAGCUGCCGCCCAGUUGCGUGGGUGAAAAGUAAGACUAUUUACUUUUUGUAUUUAUUUAUUUAUAUAUAAAGAGUUCUUACAUUCGUGUACAGCCACAAGCACGCAUAGUUUUUCGGGCAAUCACACUAGUACCUGUGUGACUCAUCAUAGAUGUAAAUCUAUAAAGUACCUUGUAUAGAGACUGUGAGUCUUUUGCUGAAUCAUUUGUGAUAUAAAAAGAUUACUGAUAUGUAUCUGUAUACAUGGCUGUAUAUAUAUGUACAUAUGUAUGUAACAUUCACUAUUGUGUAACUAGCUUCAAGAGAU